AUGGGCGCCGAUAUGCAGUCUAGCGUAGCAAUUACGCGCUUGCAGCAGACGCAAGGACACCUCUUCCCCGAAUAUACCCAAGCGUCUUUGCCCCAAGAAUCCAUCGUCCACGGCCCAACAACACCCGAACUAUGGGAAAUCACACUUGCGGAACUCCUCGAACUACAAUGCCUGGAGCACGCUGACCGCGAGUGUCUGGUCGUUCCAUGGACGAAUACAAGAUGGACCUACAGACAAUUACAAGUGGAAAGCGAGCGAUUGGCACGGGGGCUACUUGCAAGCGGAAUCCAACGUGGCGAUCGUAUCGGUGUCAUGGCGGGGAACUGUGAGCAGUAUGUUUCUCUGUUCUUUGCUGCUGCAACAGUUGGAGCAAUUUUGGUGGUUAUCAAUAAUACGUAUACGAAGGCAGAGUUGAUGUAUGGGUUGGAACAUACUGCGUGUAAAAUGUUGUUCAUAUCGCCGACAAUUGGUCGUCAUUCUUUGGAAGACGCUAUCAAUUGCCUUGAGAACGGAGAUCCAUCUCACACUCUCCCGGACCUGAAAGACAUUGUAGUUAUCCGUGGAGAAUACCGGAACUUGAAGACGUAUGAAGAUGUUGUCCGCGAAGGACAAAGUGUUCCACGAAACGUAGCAUACCGUCACGCCAACGUCGUCAGUCCAUAUGAUGUGGUCAAUCUACAAUUCACAAGUGGCUCGACAGGAAACCCCAAGGCGUCCAUGCUGACACACCACAACCUAAUCAACAACUCUCGCUUCAUUGGCGACCGUAUGGAUCUGACAUAUUCGGACGUCCUCUGUUGUCCACCCCCUCUCUUCCACUGUUUCGGCCUUGUCCUCGGUCUCCUCGCUUGUAUCACUCACGGCGCCAAAAUCGUCUAUCCCAACGAAACAUUCGAUCCCGCCGCUGUCAUCGACGCAAUAUCAAAGGAAAGGUGUACCGCUGUCCACGGCGUACCCACCAUGUUCGAGUCCAUAUUCGCGGUGCCCCGACCAGCCGAUUUCGACUGCACUCGCCUACGAACAGGCAUCAUCGCCGGUGCACCAGUCCCAUAUUCUUUGAUGGAAAGACUCGUCACGGAACUGAACAUGACCGAGUUCACUAGUAGCUACGGCUUAACGGAGGCAUCGCCCACAUGUUUCAACGCAUUCACACACGACACAAUCGAUCGACGACUAACCACCGUCGGAAAAGUACUACCUCACGCCAGCGCCAAAAUCAUUGAUCCCAAGACCGGACGAACGGUGCCCAUCGGCCAAAGGGGAGAAUUGUGUAUGAGUGGUUACCAAGUGCAUAGCGGAUACUGGAAGAAUCCGCAAAAGACGACCGAAACACUACUACGAGAUGAGGAUGGAAAGGUGUGGUUGAGAACGGGUGAUGAAGCGGUUUUUGAUGCAGAUGGGUAUUGUACAAUCACAGGAAGGUUCAAAGAUAUCAUUAUCCGUGGAGGAGAGAAUAUAUACCCUCUUGAAAUCGAGGAGAGAUUGGGUCGUCACCCGGCCAUCUCACGCGCAACAGUUAUCGGGGUCCCGGAUAGUCAUUACGGGGAAGUUGUGGGUACGUUUAUUGAAUUCAAGCCUGAUGUCAAGCAGUUGCCCUCGGCGGAAGAUCUAAGGGACUGGACGCGAGAGGUGCUGGGCAGACAUAAAGCGCCGCGAUAUCUGUUUGUGUGUGGAUCGCAUGAAUUGCUUCCCAAAGUCAUUCCGCAGACUGGAAGUGGCAAGGUUCAGAAGCAGGUGCUGCGAGAGUUGGCGUAUAAACUGGUACAGCAGGGCAAGAUGGAGACAAUGCUUGAAUGA